GUGGAGUGUGUUUGACUUUUGGCUAUGUUUUGUUAAUUUAAUAAUUAUUUUGGUUUUUUCAAACUAAAAUUGAAUAUUUAAAUUCGAAAACAAUCAAAACAUCCAAAUUCACCAUAUAACUUGAAGAAAUUAUCUAUCCAGUUUUCAGUUAAACUAAAGCGGUUGAAUUCUAAAGUCGAUAAUGGGUUAUGUGGUGGGAACAACAUAUGAUGAAAAGGAAAAAGUUUGGUCGGGUCCAAUAGUAAAGGAUGACUAUGACAGCGAUAUGACACUGGGAAAGGCCAUUGUCAUGCAGUUGCAGAAAACGCCUCAAAAAAUCAUACAAAUCUGGGACUUGACUGGUGAGACAUUAACAGCCCAGCAGUUUUUGGAUUAUUCCACUGCGCUGGCCAAAAAUAUGCUAAAAAUGGGAGUGACGUGUCCAGAUGUUGUGGGACUUUAUGCCCAGCAUUCGCUGCAUGUAGGCACUAUGAUGAUGGCCUCAUUUUUGUGUGGUACUCCAGUGAGUGGAGUAUUCCAUGGUUUUGAGAUAGAUACUGUUGUGGAAAUAUAUGAAAAGACCCGUCCUAAACUGAUAUUCUGUGACGCAGAGAAUUACCAAAAUGCUCUUGGAGUCAUUGAUCAUUUGCAAUUAGAAGCUAGAAUUGUUUUAAUGACUGGCUGCAUUGAAGGUGUUACCAACAUUACAGAGUUACUUUCGAGCAAUGAAAAAGUUUGGGAUAUUUCCCAAUUUCCAUGCGCAAAUCUGGAUGGCUCGGCAACGGCUGCAAUUUUAUGCUCAUCUGGGACCACCGGCGUGCCCAAAGCGGUCAUGUGCUCCAAUCAAGGAUUGCUUCAUAGCAAUUGUUAUUUUACAGCGACAUGUGAAUCAACAAUACUCUUCUUUAGCACCAUUUACUGGGCUUCAGGGCUUAUAACCUUAAUCUCAAGCCUGUUGACUCCUAUGCUGCGCAUUGUUCCUUGUAAACCCUACUCUGCGGAAUAUUGUCUGCACCUUUUAAAGCAUUACAAGGUGACACACUUUUUUACCACCUCAACUCAAGCAGCCGAAGUGGUUCUGAACUACACUAAGGAGGAGGUGCGCGAGUCUUACAAAUCAAUCGAUUCAAUACUAAUUGGCGGCUCUAAAGUCCCUCAGUUAAUUCAGGAAAAACUAUUGGAUAUUCUUUCCGACAACACCCAAAGACCGGGACUUUGCGUUGCCUAUGGCAUGACUGAAGUUUAUGGAGGUGUAGUACAAUCGGGUCGAUAUCCGCUCGAAUUCAAACCAAUGACCGAAGGCAAACUUUUCCCCAAUCGUAAAGUGUGCAUUGUUGAUGAGCACAAUAAAAGGCUUGGGCCAAAUGAAUCGGGAGAAAUAUUGAUAUUCUCACCCUACAUAUGGUUGGGCUAUUACAAUGACCCUGAAGCAACGGCUAAAGCAAUGCAUGGUAAAUGGUUACGUUCAGGCGAUGUUGGAUAUUUUGAUGAUGAGGGUUUCUUGCAUGUGAUCAGCCGUACCAAAGAAAUGUUCAAAUGGAAUAACUUUCAAAUAUGUCCGCAACCGAUUGAAGAUGUUUUACUGCGAUUGCCGGGUGUGGCAGAGGUUUGCGUGUUUCCGAUACCCGAUGUAACUGUGACUAAUUUAGCAGCUUGUGCAAUCGUAAGGACGAAAAAUGAAGAAGGCCUCAAUUUAACCGUAGAUACUGUGCACAAAUUCAUCGAUAAGCACCUGGACAAUGUAUAUCAUAUGAGAGGUGGAGUUUAUUUUGUGGAUUCUAUACCGAAAACCACUUCGGAUAAAUUUAUAAGACAACAAGUAUAUGAAAUGAUAAAGGCUAAUUUUGAGCUUCAUGAAGCUAAUAAAUAAACAAUUCAUGAGAAUCGCGAACGAGUUGCGCGAUUCGCGAAUGUUA